AUGCGCUAAAUAGCCUCGUUCGGGCGAAUAUUUACUUCCUCGAUCUAGUCAAACUCGGGGUCUGGAGAAAAUGCCAAAAUGAAAGAAACCACGAAAGUUCUCGUGUAUAAUCCAGACUCAACAGGUUUGUUAUGAUCACGUCUUCUUCUAGCCUGCCAUAGUUUCCAAGAUGGCGAGCAAGUAUUUCUUAAGCCAUGAAACCAUCAAUUUCACCAGAAUGUCCAAACUAGUUAUGGAUGUCUGCAGUGAUGUGCUAAGAGAUGUGCUGAGGGUAAACAUACCACCGCCUGGACUCGCUUACAUUCUACUAAGUCAAAGGGUUCACCUCAGCAGAAAUCUUGAGUCUCGCCAACGACAGAUUCUGUACCCACCAGGUGGAGUGUUUACUGGUACCCUGGAGGAUUUAGAUUUUAGCCUCCUGUAUAAACUAAUUCGUAACCUCCAGGGUAUCAACAUUCCACCUCAUACAAAUGGUUGGGGCAGGUCACCAGACAAUACAGACCGGUCACUGGCAGCUAAUAUUGACCGAUUGAGAAUCCAACGCAAUGAGACACAUGGACACCUGUCGAGAGCAUCACUGUCUGAUGCAGACUUCCAUCGUGCAUGGGGCAUCAUCCGUCAGUGUAUCUCCGAGAUAGAACAAGGCUCUCUGACAGGAGACACCUACGUGACGGCAGUUGACAACCUGCUGACCAUGACUAUGGAACCUGGUACAGAGGUAAAAAGGAAACAACAGGAGGCCAUUGUCGAGGAGUUGAAAGAUGAACAGGACAAAAUAACGAAAUAUAAGCGCAGUAUGCAAGAGAAAAUGGAAACACAAAAUAUCAAGUUGACUUUCAUUGGUAACCCUCGAGCUGGGAAAACAUGCUUGAUGCAGCAAUUAUUAAGGAAACAUAUCAAACCUGGAGGCCCAGAACCGACUUAUGUUGCUGAACUACUAACCAAACGAAUAAGAUACAAACUUGGAAAGAGUGCAAAAGAAAGAGAAGAGAUAGAGAAGGGAAAGGAGGCAGAGUUAUGCAGAAAACAUAUGAGGAGACUACAAAAAAGUAAUGCAGAUGAAGGGGAGCCUCGGACAAUGGCUGAGUCGAACACAGAUCUAUAUGAUAACAGUGGACAUCAUAAAGAUCAUGACUGCAUAGAAGAAGGCACAGGAGGAGAACGGCCUACACAUCAUAUGACAAAACCCCAUGCUAUUUUAUAUGACCGGGAUAUGUAUCUCUUGACAGAAAACCAAAGAAAAGACCUAGAGGAUAUCUAUACUGAGGAUGGUGGUAUUGAUGACUCAUCUACUGCUUAUGUAACCUUAUUUGACUUUGGAGGAGAAAAAGAGUUUUACCACUGGCAUCAUUGUAUUAUGUCUGCAAAUAGUAUAUACCUGCUGGUUUUCGAUGUUUCCUUGUGGCAGGACACAGAUAAGCAAGAUAAAAUUGUUGAUGAAAUAGUAGAUUGGCUUAAAUCAGUUGCAACAUAUGCAAAAACUGAAUCUGACAAAGAGAAAGGUAUACCACCAAUUAUCUUGGUUGGCUCACAUAUGGAUGAAGUUGAAAUGAAUGAAGACCAGGUUUUUGAGGAAAUUAGUGAAAAACUAGAUAAGAAGCCGGAAAUUAAAGAUAUACUGGAACAUAAUGUCCAGGAGUACUUCUUCAUUAUGCAUAUGGACAAAACUGACAAGAACACUGAAGAGAUUUACCUCGAUAUAUGGUGUCAAAUAGAGAAAUGUGUCCAUCUGCAGUCAUGUUGGCAUGAAAAAAUUGCUGGAUCCUGGCUUGCUCUUGAAAGAAAAAUUAUGAUGGAAAAAGAAAAAGGAAUUAAAUUCCUAACCACUCAACAGAUACUCAAGAUAAAUGAAGAUCUUUUGGUACCUCUUAAAGAGAGUGAACUAGUCCCAUUUCUUCGAUAUUUGCAUAAUGCUGCAAGCAUUUUCUGCUUUGAUAUUGUUGGAAAAACAGACUCAGAAAUAUUAACUGAGCGGGAAAUGCAGCAAAUGAAAGUAAUAUUGGAUAUCAACUGGAUUGUCAGAGCAUUUGGAGACAUUAUCACAGAUAACAAAUUUGUAAAUCUGAAAAGCUACAAAGACAGACAAACCUCAAAACGGUAUAAAGGUUCUGCAAAGCUGACCAAUGAAGUUCUUAAACUGUGCUGGGGCAAUAUUUCAAAAGAGGAUUGCCACGUAUUGUUAUCUGUAAUGGAAAGUCUAGGACUGAUUACAAAGCCAAGGAAUGCCCAAGACAGCCAAAAGCAGCACCUAGAGCCUGACAUGCACAUUGUCCCCUGUUUACUGGGUGAGGCUUCACGAGAAAGUGUACAAGGAAUAUUGAACAAUGCUAGUGUUGAACUUACACAAACAUUAUGUCUGAUAUUCUUAAAUCAGUUUGUUCCACAAACCAUCUGGGAUAAAAUCAUUGCAAUGUGCAUGCAUAAAUUCAGCGAAUGUACUUACCAUAAGACGAGUGAGGAAGGCUAUCUGCGCCCAAGAAGAGGUUUUGUCUGCAGAAAUGUUGACGACUUUUGGAAUUUUGUCCUCCAUUGUAAAGGGCAGAUGCUCAAACUCACGAUGUUUAAUGAUCACAAGAAACCUGUGACACAGGGUGUAGGGGAAGCUCUACGUUCUGAAAUUGAAAGCAUUGUCAAUCUUGUUCUUUCAAAGACAAACCAGGAACAUCAAAUGUUCAGGCACUAUCUACAUUGUGACUUCUGGAUUUCUGAUGGUGAAAAUGAAGAUAGGAAACCAAACGCAAAGAUUUUUAUGGAAAAUUAUGAAUAUAGGAGUUUUGAUAGAGAGGGAAAUGAGUUCAUGCUUACACAAGAUCAUUGGCAGAUAUGGUUUGGUGAGGUUAAUAAGAUUUCUGACAUGGAGAAAUUCAGAGACAUGACAAAGGUAAAGGAAAUUCAUGCUGAAAUGGUGGUAAAACUGUCUAACUGGAUCUAUCCUGGAUUGAAAACACGAUGGGACAAGUUUUUAACACUUUUGAAGCCGUAUUUGGGAGAUGACGUUUUGGAUGGAGUUGAAGACAAUAGUGUAUCAAAACUGUGUGAUUGUUUGAGGAGUAAGGGAUGGAUUAAGUAUGGAGAAUAUACUAAGCUUCGAAAGAUUGUCAACAUAAUCGAUGUUGAUGCAGCUGGUGUUAUUGAUAAAGCUUUGACGAAACUGAAGCCCCUUCGAAUGUUACCUAAGUGAUACAACACCGAUCAUGCAGUGGUGCUAUCACAAGCUCUGCUUGGGUCAGAUCUGAGGCCUCACCACAAACUCUGAUAUGACACAGUUCAGAAGCCACAGCAUCGACUCUGUUAUAACCUGGAUCUCCUGUAUUAUCACAAAUUAUGAUAUGACUUGGAAAUAGUGAUGUUAUCACAAAGUCUGAUAUGACAUGGAUCAGUUGUGUAAUAACGAAAUCUUGUACGACUUGGAUCAGCGGUGUAAUCACAAAAUCGUAUAUGACACGGAUCAGUGGUGUUAUCACAAACUCUGAUAUGACACGGAUCAGUGGUUUAAUCACAAACUCGGAUAUGACUUGGAUCAGCGAUGUUAUCACAAACUCUGAUAUGACAAGGAUUAGCGGUGUUAUUACUAAGUAUAAUAUGACACGGAUCAGUGGUGUAAUCACAAACUCUGAUAUGACACGGAUCAGUGAUUUAAUCACAAACUCUGAUAUGACUUGGAUCAGCGAUGUUAUCACAAACUCUGAUAUGACAAGGAUCAGCGGUGUUAUUACAAAUUCUACCAUGUUUGCUAUGCAACGACAGUUUUGAUUGGUUGAAAACCAUGUAUUAUUUUCCAAUAACCCAUGCUCGUGCCAAUAAAACACGGUCGGGAGUCACGGCUGUAACAAUGUUAUGUUCACCCGUUUUAUAAAAGGUUACUAUAGCCGAUUGGACUAAUGGGUUAGUCUUUCAAUAUUUUGU